AUGAAUGGUGCAUCGGAUUUUCAGCAGCUUCAAGACUCGCCUUAUCAUUCCGAUGCCUCCGCGCCAGCGCCAAAAACGCCACGGGUCUUGGCGUGCAAUCACUGUCAGCACCGCAAGGUGAAAUGCAAUCGCGUGUUUCCUUGCAACAACUGCAUAAAGGCCAAUGUCCCUUGCGUGCCGUCAACGCCUGCUCCACCUCGCAAGAGAAGAGCGCCAAAUGCCCUGUUGCAAGAAAGGAUCAAGAACCUUGAGGCUCUGCUUGAGCAAUAUACCUCUCAAGACUCACCCAAGCAAAGUUCUGACACGAGUGGACUGAGCCAUGAUCCGAUGGAAAUAUCCGCCAGAUCGUCACCGGCUCAAUCUAAUGGACACGGCGCUCAGACGCCGACUGGUCCUGGUAAGCUGGUCGUUCGGAAUGGCGGGUAUAAAUUCCUGGACAGUUACAUCUGGGGAAGGAUACACGAGAAUAUCUCAGAAAUGCGUCAUAUUCUUGACGAAGACACGUCAGACGAGGAAAAUUGCCAUUCCUCCGAUUCACCCGCUCCUCAUGAAGACGAUGAUCUUCUUUUAGCCAAGAUUUCGUCUCUGAGUAUCAAUGAUCAAGCUCCGCUGCCUUUCCAGAUCCUUCGUUUAUGGCAGGUGUUUCUCGAGAGAGUCAAUCCUAUAACCAAAAUGAUACAUACUCCAACUACGGAGCAUUUGGUUAUCGGUGCAAUGACAAACCAUUCCGAUAUAUCGCACAAGAACCGAGCACUUUUAUAUGCUAUAUAUCUUGUUUCCGCCGUCACUUUGACGGGUGAAGAAGCAAUGACGAUGUUGGGCUUGCAUAAGGACGAAGCAUUACAGAUAUUCACCCAAGGCUUGAAGAUGGCGCUGAACAAGGUCAAUUUUCUCAGGAAUUAUGAUAUGGUCGUUCUACAAGCUCUUGUUUUAUACUUGAUCGCCUUACAAGGCCGCAGCAACCAUGACGCCGUAUGGGUGCUCAGCGGCGUCGUCAUUCGCAUAGCUCACAAAAUGGGCGUCCACCGCGAUGGCGAAGCACUCGGCUUGACCCCUUUCGACACAGAGAUGCGUCGUCGAGUAUGGUGGCGAAUCAUCAUACUGGACUGUAUGUACGCCGCAACAUCUGGAAUGAACCCAACACUGUUACCGCUGGGUUGCGACACCAAGCUCCCUCACAACAUCAACGACGCGGACUUUUCACCAGAGUCUACAGUCAUCCAAAACAAGCAGGGUACCACAGAAAUGGCGUUUGCUCUGGUUCUCUACGAGAUCGUUCACUUCGUGAAGGACCAUCAGAUGACCGAUUUCGAACACCUUCUGCUGGGAGGUCAAGACGUUGAGCCUGGAACCCCCGAAUAUGAUCUUUAUCACGAGUCGUUGGAUAAGCUGACACACCUUGCUGAUGAAUUCGACAAAAAGAUGAGUGAGGUUGAGAAGCAGUACUGUGAUCCAUCAGGAGGACCACUUCACGUCUUCGCCCUGGCCUUUCGACCUCAUAUCCUGAGAGAAGUCAGAACUAUGGCGACACCAAUGGAAGAAACACCAGAAUGGGGGACUGAAGUUAAGAAUUCUCACGACAACUUUUUCCGAAUCUGGCUUGCGCACAAUGAGAAUGAACACGCGCUUCAUGAUCUGAUAUCGAAUGGACCUUUUGCGUAUUCAUCAAAGUCGCACUUUCACUUCGACUCACUCAUCUUUCUUGCGGGUCAGCUUGUUCAUCGCUCACCAGUUGGAGAUUUUACAGAGCGGACAUGGAGCCUUUUUGAUCGGUUUUACCGCAAUCAUGAAGAGCUUUGGAAUCUGUCUCAGCAUAAACAUUUUCAACUCGCGAGGCUGUUGUUGAAGGCUUGGGAACCUCGACAAAUGGCUCUUCAGCAACUCGGAACACCUUUGGAAAUUCCAGAUUGCGUUCAAAAGCUUCGAAUUGCGGUGUCACAGGCUGGACUGUCAUGGAUGAGUCCGAGAGAUGUGCCUUUUCAACCUAUGAAUGGUGUUAAUCAAGGGAGCAUAGACCAGAUGCAGGACGGAACAAAUGGGAAUCUCUCAACGGAUAUGUUUCAAAGCCCGCCGAUGACUGGGGACUGGUCUAUGUCUGGUAAUCUUCCCACCAUGGAUAGUAUGGAUACCCAGACCCCAGUUCUUCCCAUCUUUGGCUUCUUCAAUAGUACCACAUGGUAG